CCCCGGCUCCGUGAUGGUGGCGGUGGCGGAGGAAGGGGGGGGAUGCUGGGUCUGGGGGGUGGGGGAGGAUGGAUUUGUUCCAGGGGCGGGUUGGUCUUCAUGUAACUAGAGAGCUGCUCUGAGCUGCAAAGGGAAAAAAAAAAAAAAGAGAGAGACAGAAAAGGAAUUAAGAGGAGGGAGCUUGUGGAUUCCCCCAGCCGAGCUCACCCCCCCCUCCGCUAUUCCCCCCCCUUUCCCUUCCCCUCCAAUCUCCCUCCAGCCCCGCGCACCAAGGAACGAUGAAAAAAAAUAAUCCUGCAAAAAGGGGGCAGCAGGAUGGGAACCAGCAACCUCUGCAGCCGGAGAAGGUGGGCUGGGUGCGGAAAUUCUGCGGGAAAGGCAUUUUUCGGGAAAUCUGGAAAAACCGUUACGUGGUUCUGAAGGGAGAUCAGCUUUACAUCUCGGAGAAGGAGGUAAAAGAUGAAAAAAACAUCCAGGAAAUGUUUGACCUGAGUGACUACGAGAAAUGUGAAGAGCUCAGGAAGUCCAAAAGCAGAAGCAAAAAGAACCACAGCAAAUUCACCCUGGCCCACUCCAGGCAGCCUGGAAUCACUGCACCAAAUCUCAUCUUCCUGGCUGUGAGUCCAGAAGAGAAAGAAUCCUGGAUUAAUGCCCUCAACUCUGCAAUCACCAGGGCUAAAAACCGAAUCCUAGAUGAGGUCACUGUGGAAGAGGACAGCUACCUGGCCCACCCAACCCGUGACAGAGCCAAAAUUCAGCACUCCCGACGCCCUCCCACGCGGGGACACCUGAUGGCUGUGGCAUCUACCUCAACGUCUGAUGGCAUGCUGACACUCGACCUGAUCCAGGAGGAAGAGGCCUCUCCAGAGGAUCCCAGCAGCUGUGAAGGGAGUUUUCGGGUGGAUCUGGACAAGUCAGUGGCUCAGCUCACUGCCGGGAGGCGCCGCUCCGAUUCGGAGAACCUCAAGCCCUUGGAAAAAGGUUGGAGUGGCAGCCUGCCCAGCCAGGAGGUGAGCUCCUGGGAGAGGGCUGGCCAGCAGAAGGACUCCUUUGACAAAGGGGCUGUGUACACCCCGCAGGUCCCCAAAAAGCUCUCCCACUCAGAAAAGAACAAAUGUGCCUCCAUGGAGGAAAUCCUCUCCCGGCGGAACUCUUCCGCCCACCGGGCGGUUCUGAGGAGGGGGCUGGAGGCCCAGUUUGCCUCAGCAGAACCAGAGCAGCUCUCCCGGAUCCAAGAAUUGGUUGCACUGAAACUGGAAAAAACUCAGGAACUGCUGACAGAAGUGAAGGGCUAUGGGGAAGGCAAAAGAAAGACCAUGGAUUCCACCACCACCAGCACCACCACCAGCACCACAACCACUCCCCCUUCUCCCUCGUCAUCUUCCAAGUCGGACUCGGAAAGGAUCCUGCAGGAAUCAGAGAGGUUGCUGGGGGAGGCUUCCUCUACCUGGAGCCAAGCUAAGAGGGUGCUGCAGGAGAUCAAGGAGUUGAGGGACCUGUACAAACAGUUUGACCUGCAACAGUCGGACUCGAAACCCAAACAGAGCUCACAGUCUCAGUACAGGAAGAGCAUGAUGUGAAGGCAAGGCUGGGGAUGGGGAAGGGAGGACCAGGGGAGGGCAGCUGCUUGGUCUUUUUGUUUGUUUGUUUGUUUUUUAAUUAUUAUUAUUAUUAUUUACAGUGUUCAAAAGAGUGAAAAGGCCCCUGCUCUCACCCAAAUUUGCUUCUCAAAGCUUGAACCCUCCCUCCCCUCCUUCGCACCCUCCCUGGUGUCCCAAUAAAUUCAGUUUACACCUCCUUUUUUUAAAGAGCACCCUUUGCACCCAAGGCCUCCCCAGCCUCUGCUGUGCUUGGAGGAGGGAAGCAAGCUCCCAGUUCCUAGGAAAUGCCCUUGCAUGGCUGGAGCAGCACAACAACGGGGACAGAUGCUCUUGUGUGCUGUGGCUUUGCUGCUCUAUAACGUCCGAGCUGUGUCCUGCAUUGCAGCUCCUUGAGCAAGAGUCUCGUCUGGUUCCCUCACUGUCCUCUUGGAAAUAAAUGACAAAAAAAA